AUGUGUAUCCGAGAGUACAUCGUCUACCAGUGUGCCCACCGCUCGCCCCCGGUGUUGGUCACCUGCCCGUUGACGACAGAAGGGCAUGUCAACCCUGUCUGUGACAAGCGCCCGGAUAGGGCAUACUAUGCCGAGACCUGCUGCGCGGCCUGUGAGCGUUGCGUCCAUUCUCGCUGGGUUAUCAUCAGAGAGAAUGAGCACCGUUGGCUUCAUGAGCAUGGGGCUUGUGGCUGUGAAGUGGUAUUCCAGGGCCUCUUGAACACUCCCCGGGCUAUCGGGGUCGAUGGCGUCGAGUCCGAAGAAAAAGAUGAGAAGGAUGGUGCUCCGCUGGCUAUCACAGAUGGCUCAGUUGGAAGCCGGUCCUCUGAUCCCGGUCUUGACGCCGUCAAGCCGGCUAAAUCAAAGAAGUUGAAGGGUAAGGAGAGAGAUGUGAUCAGUACUGGCGCUGUCAUUCCCCAAGGCAGUUCUGCUCCCCCUCUCUAUCGUGAGAGUAUCACCGAGGACGGGGCAGCUCAUGUUCAGCUUCGGCUGAAGAGUCUGUAUGCCGGUGAAUGGCGAGCUGAUCACCGCAUCCUUCACGAGACGGGCAAAUGCAACUGCCGGAUUGUUUUCGGGCCCUUCAAUCCUCAGAUUUCGGACGAGGAGUUGACUUCUGAAGACUGGAAGUUGAUCCAGUGGUGGAGAGAUCAGGAGGAUGCUGUCGAGGGUCAGAAGACCGUGGCUAGACCUCGCCUGGGUAGUUCUACGUCCGAAGCUGAGGUCAUCGCCCAGCGUAUCAAGGAGAUUGAGAGGGUGUUUGGCAGCUUCGAAGUCAAGCCUAAAGAGGAGGGUAUGUCCUAUCCUAACAAGCGCGCUGUGAAGCCCCCCCAUGGCUCUGCCGCCAUACCCCAACCUACCACGACCUUUGCCGAGUCCAGCGAGCAGGGAUAUCGGCGGAUGGGGAGAAGGCGCGGGCAGCACAAGAGCCAGUCUUUUUUCAAUCGACGGAACUCCCAAGGAGAAGAUCUUGGAAAGGAUAGAAGCCAAAAAAGCCUCUUGCCUCGCGAGGCUGGCUUCUCUCAAGGCCAAACGCAAUAUACCAUUGCCCAGUACGCCUCCAUGGCGCCUAGUUCGACUCCAGCUACACAGCAAGGUUGGGUCUAUGACCCAUAUUCCAAUCAAUACGUUCAAACCGGCAAUGUAGCUCCCCAGUCGACAAGCUACUAUCCCACUGCUUCCAGUAGCAGUUACCAACAGCCUCAAGGCUACCAAGCCUCCUACCCGCCUCAGCUACAACAGCUGCCCCAGUUUGCCAACCCAGCCUUCGCAACAAUUGCAAGCUACACCAACACGAUCCCCGAAGGAGCCUACCCCUGGCUACAGCCUCACAGCGAGUCUCGGACCAGAUCCAAAGCCGGCGGGCCCUACCACGUCGUAGGCAUGGACUACUCCAGCUUCGACGACCCUUCCCACGUCGAACACGUCGGCACACCAAUCUGCGGCAUCCCCAUCGGCGGCGGUGCCCACAUGCCCCCCUGGAAGGACUGUGUCCAGAGGCAGUCUCGCCCAGCUACUCCUCACGAGCUGCCCACCAUUGUGAUCACCGUGGUCGAAGCCAACCCAGUCGGCACCAUCGAGUACGACUAUGACCAAACCCUCGACUCCAAAUCCGACAUGGCCUACGGAGCCGCAGACGGGAGCGCCGUCGACGACAACGACGACAGAAACCUCCUCGAGGUCGAAGUCCCCCGUGUCCCCCAGCGGAGACACUCUGCCGGAGCUGUUCUCUGA